AUGGACCACAUGGGCUUCCAGAUGCCUCACAUGGGGCACCCGCCUCCAUUGAUGAAUCAGCCGCCCCAGAUCUUUGGAGCUUACACCACUGACGGCCUCCCCGUCCAGCACAUGCCCCCCGAUCUUGCUGCCCACAUGUUCGGCGACCCAUCAACGCUUCUUGACGAUGCGAAUGAGGCAAAGAGGAGAAGAAUUGCAAGGGCCUGUGACAUGUGCAGAAAGAAGAAGAUUAAGUGCGAUGGCAAGCUUCCUGCGUGUAGCCAUUGCAUAAACUACAAGACAGACUGCGUCUUCACGCAGGUCGAGAAGAAGCGGAACCCCCCGAAAGGAGCCAAGUACAUUGAAGGACUCGAGAACCGGCUAGGUCGCAUGGAGAACUUGCUGCGACUCUCAGGCCUGCUUGGUGAAGAUGACAAUGGUGAAACAGAUCUCGGCACCCUUGAGAAACGCUUGGCAGAGAAGCAUCAGCUGUCAAGGCAACCCUCACAAGUUGCCUCCAACCCCACCUCCCCAUCUCAAGCAACCUCAGGGCAGAACGAAAAUGCAUCAACACCGCACAGCGCCAUCACAUCACCUGAGCCCACCAAAGACUCCCACAAGGAAUCCAAGGAAAGCGAGAGACGUAAAUCUGUGGACCCUGAGAGGAGUGAGGAAGAGGUCGAGGCAUUGUCGGAGAUGAUGUGUUCCUUGGUCACAAACCAAAGCGGAGAGACUCGAUACAUUGGGUCCUCCUCUGGUUUCUCUAUUUUCUCUCCAAAAGGCAUCCAAUGGGUUCAUGAGAAGACGGGAGAUAAUUCGUUCCAGCAGAUGAUUUCCGAAGUGUCAAUCGACGAUCACAAGUGGACUGCGUGGAAGCCUGAGGUUUUCAGCGACCUGUUCCGUCGCCCAAUCUUUAGGCCUCUGCCCCCGAAGCACGAGGCAUUGUCUCUAUUGAAGGACUAUUUCGAAAACUUCAACUGCAUGUUUCCUCUGUUUCACCAACCGACAUUUAUGCAUUUAGUGGAGCGACAGUACUCUGACGAUCCUUACGAGGGCACCGGGUGGUGGGCAAGUUUGAACUGCGCGUUGGCUUUCGCUCAUCGUCUGCGUGUCAUGAGCAACUUGGUGCCCCAGGAGGAGGACGAGAAGGCAUGGGGUUACAUUAAAAACGCACUCGGAACAUUUGCUGAAUUGACGAUGCGGAACACGGAUCUGCUCAGUGUGCAAGCGUUACUCGGCAUGGCGCUCUUUAUGCAAGGAACGCCAAACCCUCAACCAACAUUUGUUCUCGUAGCCACGGCUAUUCGUCUCGCCCACACCAUUGGCUUGCAUAAGAAGGGCACUGGGUUUAAUCUGAACCCCAUUGAAAUCGAACAGCGCAAGCGAGUCUUUUGGAUUGCGUACAUGCUCGACAAGGAUCUCUGUCUGCGUGCGGGUCGACCUCCUGCGCAAGAUGACGAUGAUAUGAACGUGGAACUUCCGGAUGCCGACCCAGAGGAUAACAUAGGCAAUAUUCCAUUGGCUGACGGCAAAGGCAAGAUGAACUUAUUCAGAGUCAUCUGUGAAUUCGCUACCAUCGAAAGCAAGGUAUAUUCUAGACUAUACUCGACAAAGGCAACAAAGCAGUCAGAUGGCGAGCUCUUGAAUACCAUUGGAGAACUGGACCAGGAACUCGAAGAGUGGAAGGACAGGAUUCCCAUCGACUUCAGGCCGGAACACGAGAUCAAGGCGUCGCACACACCCCUUAUCCUCCACGUCGUCAUGCUUCAUCUGACCUAUUACAACUGCUUGACGACAAUUCAUCGCAUGUCGGUCCACCACGGCUACUGGACCAGCCGUCUGUCAAACUAUGCCAUUCAAGGACUCAACGCAAAGCCCCUGAACCCGCGCGUAUUUUCCUCUGCAGCUCUCUGUACUGCAGCUGCUCGGGCGUCCAUUUCUCUGCUGAAGUACAUGCCUCAAGGGGACUCUUCGAGCGUUUGGCUCAUUCUAUAUUUCCCCGUAUCCGCGUUGAUGACACUGUUCGGAAAUAUCCUUCAAAACCCCCUGGACCCACGAGCCAAGUCUGACACGAAGUUAAUGAAUUUGGUUGUUAACUUCCUGUCCAUGCUUGGACAGGAGGCUGAGGCUGGCGGUGUUCACCGCAUGUUGGGCGUAUGUUCUGAAUUCGAGAGAAUCGCCAAGCUCGUUAUCGAAAAAGCGGAGAAGGACCAGUCUUCUCGCAGGAAACGUAAGAGUGAUGCUGCGCCAAAGGUAUCGUCAAGCCCGGCUGCAUCGUCUCAUACGCCUCGACCUGUGUCAGUGACAACCCCAACCCCCCAGACCGUCACCGCUGCAGCCAAAUCAACCACAAAUGGUCAACUGUCUCCCGAUUUUUACGGCGAAGCAAAUCGCCGGAGGCACGGAUUCAGUCCCAUGGCAACUACUUCGAUGCGGGAACCAUCACCUGCUCUUCCGUCUGCUGGGUGGCCACAGGAGUUUCCCAUGCCGGAUCAACCCAACUUUGGCAACUUUGCUGAGAUGACAGGAUUUGGUGGACUGCAGAACCCGCGCUCGCCACCCGUGAACAUGGGCGCACCAUAUCAACAACCCCUUUUACCUCAAGAUCUGUUUGCCCUUCCUAUGACGUUAGACUGGGACUGGGCUGAGAUGAGCGGGGGUGCAUAUCCGACUGUGGAAAACGGAAAUGUUGGCUGA